GUUUAAUACCAAAAGAAAUGUGGGAUUAUCCUCCAUGGAUAAAUCAAACAAAAGCUGCCGAUACACGUAAGGAAAUGGAAACCAAAAAAAUAAUCUAUGGCGGUUCGGAAUCAUAUCGUCAUAUGUGCCGUUUCAAUUCCGGAUUUAUCCAAAAAUAUGAUUAUUACUGGAGAUUAGAACCCGGUGUGGAUUUUAUGUGUGAUAUCGAUUAUGAUCCUUUUAGAUUUAUUCAAAAGAACAAUAUAACAUAUGGAUUUACAAUUUCACUCUUGGAAGUACAAGCUACUAUUCCUACUUUAUGGAAAACCGUUGAAAUGUUUAUGAAUGAGCAUUCUCAUUAUAUUCCUAGAAAAAAUGGCAUUAAAUUUAUAAAGAAGGCUGGUAGUUAUAAUGG